AUGCCUCCAUAUGUCCCUCGCAAAAGGUUAAGAGCCUUGUCACCAGAGGACGUGGCUACUCCCGACAAGACCGUUGGCGAGGCGAAUUCGCUGCUUCACGAUCUCGGAGGAAGCGGUGAUAGCGACAGUCCGCUUUCUUCAUUAUCAGAUAGCGACUUUGAAGAUGUCCCUCUCGCCAAGCGGCAGAGAACAGAUGAUUCUGAUGCCCUGGAUGACGAUGAUGACGAUGACGACGACAUCGAGUUUGAGGAUGUAGAGGCCCCGCCGCAAUUCGCACCAGAUGCGCCGGUGCCGUCCGGCGACCUCGAAUUGACUCUCAUCCGGGACAAUCGGAUAUCCUUGACGAACCAAUUCGACAAAAAAGGACCUUCAAAGCGAGAGCGGAUGGUUCGGAAUGCGACGCAUUGCGUCCAUGUUCUCUGUCUUCUAUGGCACAAUGCAGUCCGGAACUCUUGGAUAUGCGACCCCGAGGUUCAGGCAAUCAUGGUUUCCCAUGUUCCGCCCAGGAUGUGGGAUGAGGUUGAUCGCUGGAGGCAAAACAGCGGCUUGGUGAAAAGGCCGCCACCACCACCACCGCCCAAGAAACCUGCAAAGAAGAAGGGCGCGAAGCAAGAGUCCCGAGAUUGGGGCGAAGACGCCAAGAGACUGGAAGAUGGGGCCAUAGACAUGAGCCACGGUGAUCCUCUGUUUCGACUUAUGAAGUCAUUAGUCGCCUGGUGGAAGCAACGAUUUCGAGUUACGGCUCCUGGUCUCCGGAAAUGGGGCUACAUGUCGCUCGAACGGCUGGAUAGGCUAACAAAAGCAUACAAGGAACACGAAGCAGAUGACGAAGAGUUUGGGGAGAUGAUAGAGAGCAUAGAGGGAUUUCGGCAAUGCGCUACCGAGUGCAGGGGGAGUAGAGAUGUUGGUGCUCAACUGUUGACUGCGCUGCUUCGGGGCUUGGGCAUGGAUGCUCGGAUGGUUGCCAGUCUGCAGCCACUAGGCUUUGGAUGGAAUAAGCUUGAAGACGCGGAUCCCGAGGAUAAUGAAAACCAACAGGCCACGCCGGCUAAAACUACCAACAAGAAGGCCACUGGGAAGAAGUCGGAGAAAGAGCAGUUACCCGAAGCCACUCAAGAGUCUGAAGAUGACUUGGAGCCUGAAUUCAAAGAUACAGACGACGAAUCUGUCGAUAUGACACUCACCACGCCGACCAAGUCUUUGCAUACGAAAAAGUUUGACAAAGACCUCGAGUUCCCACACUACUGGACAGAGGUUUUAUCACCGGUUACCAAGAAAUACCUCUCAGUCGAUCCCAUCGUCAAGGGCACAGUUGCAACGAAUCGAGAUCUCAUCGAGACGUUUGAACCUCGUGGCGCCAAAGCGGAUAGAGCCAGGCAGGUUAUUGCUUAUGUCGUGGGCUAUUCGAAAGAUGGCACCGCCAAAGACGUGACGGUCAGAUAUCUGAAGAGGCAAGUUCUUCCAGGGCGCACUAAGGGUGUCCGAAUGCCACCGGUCAAGAUGCCAGUCUACAAUCGUCAUGGCAAGGUUAAGCGCUACGAAAUGGCAGACUGGUUCAAAACAGCCAUGUCCGGCUACAGGCGUGGAAGCAAGGAUCAUCCUUUGACAGAAGUCGACCAAGUAGAAGACCUUACAGACCUGAGGCCUGCAAAGGCGGAAAAGAAGGAGGUCAAGGAGGGCGAGGAGACGCUACAAUACUACAAACAGUCCAAAGAACUCGCCCUAGAGAGGCAUCUCAAACGCGAGGAAGCGCUGAGACCUGGUGCCAAACCGGUCAAGGUGUUCAAGAACAAAGGGAAAGGUGGCAAAGUGGACGAGGAAGAUGUGUAUCUUCGGUCCGACGUUGUGCUGGUCAAGAGCGCAGAAACCUGGCACAAGCAAGGCCGCGCUCCGCUUGCUGGCGAAGAGCCGCUGAAGAGAGUGCCAUAUCGCGCUGCCACUCUCAACCGGAAGAGGGAGAUUUUGGAAGCCGAGGCAAUGACUGGCCAAAAGGUGCUCCAAGGACUGUACAGCUUCGAUCAAACAGACUGGAUCAUACCACCACCUAUCAAGGAUGGUGUCAUUCCGAAGAAUGAAUACGGGAAUAUUGACCUGUUUGCCGAGCAUAUGUGUCCUGAAGGCGCCGUACAUGUCCCCUUCAGAGGUGUUGGCAAAGUUUGCAAGAGGCUCGGCAUCGACUACGCAGAGGCCGUAGUAGACUUUGAGUUUGGCCAUCGCAUGGCUGUCCCCGUCAUCCAGGGAGUCGUUAUCGCCAAAGAGCAUCAUGAUAGAGUGAUGGCAGAACUGGAAAAGGACGAAGCGGAGCGCGUACGGAAAGAAGACGAGAAACGGCGCAAGGCAGCACUGGGGAUGUGGCGAAAGUUUAUCAUGGGGAUGCGCAUCGUGGAGAGAAUUCGGCAAGAAUACGGCGAGAUUGAUGAGAGUGUCUCUGUCUUUGGCCAUGCACGAGGAGGGGCUCCGGCCGGCAGCGCGCCCAAGGUUCACGACGAAGAACUCGCCGGGGGGUUUCUCCCCGAAGAUUAUGAAGAAGAUGACGAAGACGACCGAGGACACGAGACAUCAAACUUCUUCCCCGCUCUUGAUGAGGAUGAUCAGGGUGGGGAUGGAGAUUUGGUGAUGGAAGAUGGCCGUGAUGAGAGUGUUGAGGACACUCACAUUGAGGCUCAAGCGGAAAGUUCUUCCAAACCUCGCAAUUCUUCAACGAGAUCCAGAAAGACUCGAACAACACGAAGAACGAGACAAACCGUCAUUGACGAUGAUGACGAGGAAUAUGGCGACUAA